UCUCUUAGCAGUGCUUACAUAUAUAUAACUUUCUUUAGGAUGCCUGGUCAAACAAACGUGAUUCUAAUAUGCUUUGUGAUCUUGUCCAUCACAUCUUCAGGAAACUGUCAAAAAUACCAACCAACAUGGGAAAGUAUUGACUCCAGACCUAUACCGGAGUGGUAUGAUGAUUCCAAGAUCGGAAUGUUCAUAAACUGGGGUGUAUAUACCGUCCCAUCAUGCACCAGUGAGUGGUUCUGGUGGUUCUGGAAAGGGCAGCCACAACCAAAUGUGGUGGAGUUCAUGAAGAAAUUUUACCCACCAAACUGGACGUAUGCGGACUUUGCCAAGGAAUUCCGGGCGGAGUUUUAUGAUGCUAAUAUGUGGAAAGACGUAAUAGUGUCCUCCGGGGUCAAAUACGUCGUCUUAGCUUCCAAACAUUGUGAUGGGUAUAGCAUGUACCCUACUAAUGUGACGUACCAGUGGAACUCAAGAGAUGUUGGACCAAAGCAGGACCUUGUAGGUCCUUUGAAGGAAGCACUCCAGGGAACUGAUGUCAAGUUCGGAAUCUACCAUGCCAUGAUAGAGUGGUUCAACCCAAUAUGGCUCACGGAUCAAGCGAAUAACUUUUCUACGCAGAGAUAUGUCAAAGACUACAUACACCCCCAGUUGUAUGAGAUUAUCAACACGUAUCAACCGGAUGUUUUGUGGAAUGAUGCAUGCUGGUUGGCUCCAAGUUGGUACUGGAACUCAACAAUAUUCCUAGCAUGGUUAUACAACGAAAGCCCUGUCAAAGACAACAUCGUCGUCAAUGACCGUUGGGGGUACGACUGCUUCUGCAAACACGGAGGAAUUUGGACGUGUUCGGACCGUUUUCAUCCUGGUCACGUGAUGCCACAUAAAUGGGUCAAUGCCAUGACAGUAGACAGAGGUUCAUGGGGGUUCAGAAGAAAUGCUGACUUGAGUCAGUACUACUCCAUAGAAGAACUCUUGGAAGAAGUGAUUUACACCAUAAGUUUCGGAGGAAACAUACUCAUCAAUGUCGGACCAACAUCCUGGGGUACUAUCUCCCCAAUCUAUGAAGAAAGAUUCCGUCAGUUAGGGUCUUGGCUCAAGGUCAAUGGAGAGGCAAUCUAUAAAACUACACCCUGGACACACCAGAAUGAUACAGUGACCAAUAGGGCAUGGUAUACUGCAUCAAAAGCUGACAAGAACACCAUUUACUGUAUGGUUUUGGAUUGGCCUUCGGACAAUGAAAUUAUUCUUGGAGCUCUGAAAGAUACAACCGUCUCUAAUGUAACAAUGCUUGGUACAGAUGCACCGAUGAAUUUUACGCCAGAUUCAUCAGGACUGAAAGUUGUAUUUCCCGCCCUAAAUAUUGGAAAGAUGCCAUGUCUGUGGGCGUGGUCUCUAAAGAUCACACUCAAACAAUAAACAGGAAGUGAAGCAAUAAUUAAAUUACGUGUAUAGCUCCUGUUCACUGUGGAACGUAAUGAUAAUAGUUCUGGUGUUCAAUAUGUAGGGUACAACCAUAUUGCAGAUGUUAAAUAUUUAUGUGCAAUAUUGAAAAACAAUCAAUGUGUUAUAGGUAUUCAUGUAUAAAUAACUGACAUAAAAGUAUUAAAUUUAAAAUUAAUUUUUUUCAAUGAGGGAUAUACAUAUAUGUACUAUACAAAAUA